AUGGAAAACAAUUUUGAAGAAAGAAUAUUUCUUCCAUCAUCGCUUAUCAAAUUAGUUUUCAGUGUAUCAAAACUUUUCGAACUUUCAAGUUACAAUGAAUUUUCACUGCUGGAUACAUUAGAAUUUGCAUUAAAUGCAAAAUAUAAUUUAAUUAAUGACAGAGGAACAUUCGAUGAGAAGGAAAUGGCCAUAUUCAUUUUCAAUGUCAUUCUUAUAACCGUGAAGUUCAACACAGCCAAUCCAAAUACGAGAAAUGAAUUGCAAGCAGUUAUGAAACAGCUUGGGAUAGAAAAUAAAGAAUCCAUUGAACAAGAAUUCGAAACAUUUUCCUUAAUGAAUUUCAAGAUUCUUGAUCCUUAUGUUGUCGAACUGAUUUUUAAUUUAGUUGAAGUGCAUCUCUCAGCCUUUCAAGGAAAAAAUGAUGUGUUCGAAAAGUCAUUGGAUAUUUUACGGAUAGCCUACUUCAAUCGGAAUGCUAUUUACAUUAAAUUUACAGCUGGUUUGAGUACAACGGAAACGAGCAACUUGAAAAAUGAUCUGAAAUUAUUUUCUUCAUCGAUAUUUAUUGCCACGCUAAAAAUUUUCAAAUUUCCAUUUCAAAAACAGAAUGAAAUUUUUGAAAAAUUAACUAAUGAAGAUGAAGGAGGGAUUCAAAGUGCACAAAACCUCAAUAAUUUGUCAAGUAUAGUUUUUGAAGUAGCUAAGCAACCAUAAAAUUUAUGAUUAUGUGUUUAAAAUUGAUUGGUAAAAUCUUAUUAUUGAAUAAAGUACAAACGGUAA